AGCACAUGCAUCUCCAGCUUGCAGCCUGGUUGCUGGCAAGUUACCUUUUGCACUGAUCGUAGACCCACUUGGGCGCUGCCCGGGCCCGCGGUGUAACGUUACCAAACGUGGUCCAGAUAAGCGGGGGCCCUUGCGCCCUAUUCUAGCGCCAUGGAAGCAAUGGCGGCGCAGGGGCGCCAGUUGAUUGUAGACCACGCGUUGCCAGCGCUUGAGAAACUACGCCCGCUCGCGGCGCCGAUCGUUUAUGGGCACCACGUGUUCCAGGACCUCUUGUCUAUUGAACACAAUGCGAUUCCGCACUUUGCCUGGGAGCUGGAGCUUUCACAAGCGACAGGGCUCAGCCCUUCGCAAUUGCGGUUCACUCUAGCGCUUUUCGCUACAAUUCCGCUAGCUGCUGGCGUCCGGCUAUUCCGCAAUCCGACGAUGCGCCACCUUUACGCGUUGGUGACGGGACUCCUCAUCGUGUACUACCCCUUCGGCAGCGGUGUCAUCCUCGUGCUGCCGAUGGCGGUCGCCGCUUACCUCGCGCUUCUCCUGGCGCCUCGGCGGGCCGGGACAAUAGCAUGGGCUACCGUGUUCCCAUACCUCAUAUACUUACAUGUAAUUAACGCCAGCGGAGAGUCCUGGAAGACGGGAAACCUUGACUUCACAGGUGGCGCCAUGGUUGCUGUCCUGAAGCUGAUCGCCAUGUGCGUGUGCCGCCAGGACAGCUUCCGGAAGAACAAAGAGGACCUCACCCCGUACCAAGCCGCCCACCAGCUGGUCGCCUCGCCCUCCCCCCUGGAGUUCCUGUCGUACCUCUUUGGCCUGGGCAACCUGGUGGCGGGGCCCUUCGUGGAGUUCAGCGAGUACAAGGCCUUCAUCGAGCUCAAGGGGCCCUGGGACCCCAACGCCGCCCAGCGUAUGCCCGACCCCGCCCUGCGCGGCUUCCUGUGCCUGCUGGAGGGCUACCUCUACAUGGGCAUGUACCUGGGCCUCACACUCAAGGGCUGGGACCUGCGACACUACCACAGCGACUGGUAUUACGCGCAGCCGCUGCUUGUCAAGUGCGCCGCCUUCUGCUUGAUCGGCCUGGUCUACCAGUUGAGGUACUACUUCAGCUGGAAGAUCACGGAGUCGGCCUACGCGUUUGCCGGGCUAGACUACAUGGGCCGAGACACAGUGACCGGCAAGGCGCUGUGGGGCCGCUGCCGCAACUGCAGCUUCCUGGGCGUGUGGCUGUCCGACAGCGCGCGCAACGUGCCGCUCAACUGGAACAUCUGCACCGGCAACUUCCUGCGGAGGUAUGUGUACGAGCGGAUAGCUCCCCGCAACCGGCGCCCCGGCUUCCAGUCGCUGUUGUUCACGCAGCUGGUCAGCGCUGUGUGGCACGGACUGUACCCCGGCUACCUGAUGUUCUUCGUGGGUACGGCAUUGUGGAUCUACUUCUCACAGGUGCUGUACAAGGCCGAGACGCACAUGCCGAGCUCACUGCGCAACAGCCUGCCGUACCGGGCGGUUAAGAUCAUGUGGACGGGCUUCGUGCUGAACUACAUGGCGUCUGCCUUCCAGCUGCUGGAUUUUAACUCGAGCAGCGAAGCGUACGCGUCCGUCCACUACUUCCCGUUCAUCUUGAUGCUGGUGGUUAAUGUGCUCUUCUCGUUCGUCAAGGCAAAGCGGCCGCUCAAGCCGCCCACGGGACCUGGCGGCGCGACGCCACCCGAGAACGGCAACGGCGAGGGGAAGGGUCGCUCCAUGAAGACGGAAUAGCUCCUAAGGAGAACUGAAUUGAAGAAUUGAGAACGUUGUGCUCUAAAUUGCGCUUUUGCCCGUUAUUGAGAUAUACCGGUCCCCCGUCAUGUUUGGAGUGGGGAAUCCGUUGAAGUAUUCAUUGAGCAGUGUGACGCGUGUCGAGGAGCAAUUGCAGGAGUUGAGUGAGCAUGCUACGGCUUAGCCUACUAUGCAUCAGGGUUAAAGUUGUACAGUAGUAGUGCAGAUCUAUAGGAAGGAAUAUAGAUUGGGCAGAAUUAUGGCAAUUGCUAAACGCUUUUUAACGCCUCUGAUUCUUACAGUUGUAACAACCGCGACCAGGAAGCAUGUGUUUAAUUAAUAAACCCUUU